AUGGCACUGAUACAGGGCCAGAGUGACUGGGGAGUAACUUACCCUUCCACUCCGAUCUGUGCCUUAAAGAGAUCAACCGUGGACAUACCGUGCACCUACAGAUACCCAUCCACAGCAAGUAAUCAAACUAUAGAAGUUCGAGAACGAUUCUGGUUUGCUAAAGGGAGAGAUGAUGAACCUGUGGAUCUGAAAAAGGACUCAAACUACACAGGUCGGGUGCAGUAUCACUGUGAUGAGAAGAACUGCACUCUGACAAUCACAGACCUGAGAGAGAGAGACUCGGCUGAGUACAAGUUCAGACCUCCAGGUGCAGAUGCUCCAAAGCUUCCCUCUGUAUCAGUGAGUCCCUCUGGUGAAAUCGAGGAGGGCAGUUCAGUGACUCUGACCUGUCAAAUCGAUGCUUAUCCAGCAGCUAACUACACCUGGUACAAGAAGAAUGGGAAUCCAGAACUUCAACCUCUCAGUGAAAAUACACCGCUUGUCUUCCGCUCCAUCCAGUCCUCUGACUCUGGAGAGUAUUACUGUACAGCUGAGAAUGAGCUGGGGAGGAGGACAUCUAGAUCUAUCUCUAUUGAUGUGAAAUAUGGUCCAAAGAUUACCUCUGUGUCAGUGAGUCCCUCUGCUGAGAUAGUGGAGGGCAGUUCAGUGACUCUGACCUGUAGCAGUGAUGCUAACCCAGCAGCUAACUACACCUGGUACAAGGAGAAUGAAGACUCACCAAAAGCAUCAGGACAGAUCUUCACCAUCACUGAUGUUAGACCUGAACACAGUGGGAAUUAUUACUGUGAAGCCCAGAACAGCAGAGGACGUCAGAACUCCACCUUACAUCUGAUUGUUGGAGCAGGGAAUUCAACAACAAUAAUGCAUAUCAUCUGGCCGACUGUGGUGGUCCUAAUGCUGAUUCCUCUGCUGCUCCUGAGUCUGUGGGCGAGUUGGACUCAAUUCAGGAAGAAGAAAACUCUGAGCUCCACCACUAAACCACAUGAGCCUGUAGAGCUAGAGUUAGACUCUUGUCCUGACUAUGAGAACAUCUCAGACACUGCAGCAAAGACAGAAGACCCAGAGGAGCAGGAAGACCUGUUAGACUCUUGUCCUGACUAUGAGAACAUCUCAGACACUGCAGCAAAGACAGAAGACCCAGAGGAGCAGGAAGACCUGUCAGACUCUUGUCCUGUGUAUGGGAACAUCUGAGAAGAUGAGAUAUGAGAAAUAUCCCUGUGGAGAGCGAGGCUAUGGAGGACGCAUGAACCUUCAACUCCAGAAGAUUUUAUUGUCAAUUUUCAGUAGCAGCAGCAGAUAGGAGUUAGCAGCAGCAUGUAGCAGAACAUUUAGAAGAAUGUGGUGAUGGCAGCUUGAUCUGAAUCAUGUCGAGAUGUCAAACAUCAUUUAUUUUUCAGAUCAUCUGA